GAAAAAGAAGAUGAUGAGGGAAAACCUGAUGAUGCAAUUCAAGACCUCUUGGUGAAGUCCAUGACAGACCAAAUCAACUACCGCCAACAACAAGAUCCUAGCUUCGUUUGCCCGGAAAGAUUACAACUGUGGAAGGAUGAAAAAAAUGAAGACAGUGAGAAGAAAAUGAAGGAAUUGUGGGAUAUAUUUAUCCAAGCAGAAAAGAGAUCAAAGGAGCUGGAAGUGGAGUUGGCAACAUACAUAGAGAAAUUAGAUAAUGAAGAAUGUGUGACUGCCACCAUGACAGUGGAAUCUACAGUUCAGCUUAAUGAAAUACAAAAUCUGAAAAGGAGGAUUGCAGAAUUGGAAGGCAAGGAAACUGGUAUUGACAUGGAGAAGAUUGCCAAGAAAAAGGAGAUUCAAGAAAAGUACAAGGCAGAAAUUGAAAGCUUGUUGUCAGACCCAACAAUCUUUGAAAUGGAGAUGGAUCUGCCUACAAAACAACCAACACAACCAGUUGAAGAGAAAGAAGAAGAAAAGAAAGAAGAAGAGAAGCAACAAGAAGAGAGAGAAGAAGAGAAGAAGCAAGAUGCUCCAACACAUGAUGUUCCUUCAAGAGUACAAAGGGUGAAGAACAGAGAAAGAAAGAGGCUUCAAGCAUCUUGCUAUGUGUACGAAAAAAAUAAGAAAACAAAAAAGGAGGCAAAAAAGGAUGAUGAAGAACUACCACAAUUCAAGCUUAUCUCUUCCGAGGAGUUAACACAAGAGGCAUCUCAGCCCGAUGCCACAAAUCCAAUUCCUGACCCCCCCUAA